UUUAAAUACUUGUAGUCGUGACCUUCCAUAAAUCAAUGCAGCCGAUACCGAUCUGCGAGCGUUCUCACGGAGCGCGGCGUCACUUCCAAGUGGCGCGGCGGUGGGGGUAGCGGCGCGUUUACGCUACACUUAUCGCGAUAUGUAUCACGUAUAAACAACGAAUCUUCCCCCGAGUCUUGCGUCGAUUCAGUGACGAGGAGUCAAAGAAGAAAAGUUGAAAAAAAAAGAAAAAAUUACCAACGCGGAAAUCUAGCUCGCUCAAGGACGCUUGUACGGUCGCGCGGUGGGGACGAACACAAUGAGAUGUUCGCGAUAAUAAUCCCGGAGAGAUGUAUCUAUAUAAAGGGAUCGAUUUUCUGUAGUUGCAAUUGCAGUACCGAUCAGUGUCGUCCUGUGUUGUUCGCUAACGGGAAUAAAGCUGAUAAAACGUUUAACAUGUUGAAACUGAUACUGAUUGCUAUCGCGGUGGUAGCGGUCUCAGGCGUACCGGUACCGGAACCCGAACCGGCACCGGAACCGGCGCCGGCACAUGGUCCCGUGCCGCCGCUGGUCGCCCCUUACCCGGUGGUCUACACGGCGCCUUACGUGAAGGUCUAUCCGUAUCACCCGGUUCCUUUGGCGUACUAUAACAGCUACAAGUGGAUCCACCCGGGCUCGGCGUACGUUUACUAACAUCGAUUCCGACUAUCCGGAAAAUCGCCAACGCCGUUGUGGUCCUCCUGUUCCUCCCCCUCAACUCCUCCCCCCCCCCUCGUAAAACGCGACUCAUCGCAACGCGCCAAAUGAUUCUGUAUCGUGGAAUGUCUCCGAAAUAAAAUAUUCCCUUCUUGUCGCAAACGCCGCAGUGUGCUCGACUAUGACGAUCACCCCCCUGUGCUUCCAUCCAUCCCCUUCUCCCUUUCUCCCCGUCGACAUCCGUUAAUUCUGCUCCGCGAAAGAGGAUCCUUUCGUUCUCGAGCUUUUGGCAGACUCCGCGCUAUCGAGCGGCCCAUCAAUUCCGUCCGUUUGUCCGCCGGUGAAAUUUAUGAAACAACACGCAUUAUACCGCAUAAUCGCUCUGUUCGCGGACAAGUAAUUCCGUUUAAACCCAUUAUCCGCUAGCGAUACAUUUUCAGAAUAGUACGUUAAAUUUUGGUCUCGCAUUCCCUGCGGUACAUGCUAUGCCGCAAUAAACAAAUCCGCGCAAAUAAUGGGAAGCAAAUACGAAACAGAUAUGGAUGAAAACGCGAAGCAACAAGAUUAAAUGCUCGUAACGAGAGUAACGUUUCUCUUUUCACCAAAUUUAUUUUGUUUCUUUUAAUCUUAAUGAGCCUCCAUAAUUUAACAUUACAUAAUCUGAAGAUGGGUGAAUGAAACUUCGUUAUAAGAACACGAAGAAUAAAGAGUUAAUAGAAACGUGUAAUGUUACAAAUGCAUAAAUAAUUUUAUGUGUCGCGACGAAAUAUUGGAAGUCGUUUAACAAUUGGAAUAAAACGAUUUUCACAUAAAGCCGUUGAAAAUAGCAAUUUCCGCAUUUUUAUUGACUAUCGUAAAAUUAUUGAAAUAUAAUUUUAUUGAUACAUCAUUAUAUUAUUUAAAAAAAUAUUGAUUAUUCCUUAAAUAUAGGUAAUAUGUUACGUUAUCUUUAUUAGCUUUUCUUAAUAUAUAAUAAAUUGUUUCGGAAAUCUUACGAUAUUUUUGGAUAUCUAACAUCGCACAGCAAAUUUAUAUUAAAUUAUAAGUAAGAAAUGCGCGUAUCACACAUUUAAAUUUCUUCAUUAGUACAACUCAUAACGGGUUAAACAUGUAACUUCGUUACGCAUACAAAUUUACCAAGACAAGAAGUUGUGAAAAUUUAUUUUUACUGUAAGAUACGUGUAAGGAACAUGUCAGCAUACUAAUGCGCACUAACGCACACCGUUCUGAUAAAGGAUAUUACGGCGACAAGGCAUAACCGUAUCAGAUUCCCUUAUUACUGUUCCUUUAAUUUCAUUUUAGAGAAGAGAACCUAGCGUGGUUAACUAUAUUUCACACGAUAUAACUAAAAUAUUUUUUACACCGUAAAAAAUAAUGCAUUUUUAUUUUAUAUUAUCACAAAAUACAACCUUCGAUAUUUUGACUUAAACAGAGAAUUUGUUCUCUAUAGUGGAAGAUGAGUAUAAGCGAUUUCACGAGUAGCCUUCAUGAAAAAGGCUUUGUCUUCUUUGGUCAAAUAGAAGUGAUUUAUUUUUUCAAAUAUGUGCAAACUGAUUAAAAUAAGAGCGCAUCACGAAUUAGACAAGCGAGAAAUGAAAUGCAUUAAUGCAUCAUGGAUCGAGAUUUUUUUGGACAAAAUAAAGGAUCACAAAGAAAGACUUUGCGCCACUUCUGUCCAUUAAUUUCCAGUAAAUCUCCAUUUUAUACGAGUCAUAAAAUGAAAACUCGGCACUCUUCCGCGCCUAUGACCCGUUCAAGGCAAUGUUCGA